GCGGAGGUGUCUGGGGAGGGGAGGCUGCAACGGGAGCAAGUGAAUCGGUGACCCCGUGAUCAGAUCCUAACGACAACCCGCAGCAGUUUUGGACCAGAGCUCCAGCCCCGCUGCGCCAACGGCAGGGGCAGGCGCGCUUCCGCGCUCGUGGGCGCCUAAGCCGAGCUGGGCGCGUGCAUGUGCUUCUCCUCGUACUGCUUCCAGGUUCCGUGCGUGCCUGGCUGGCGGGCAGGGACGGUGGCUGCCGCGGACGGAUCCUACCACAGCCUCGACUCGGAGAGCGCCCGCGUCAUAGCGAUCAAAGACCUCCCCGGGCUGCAGGCCCGUGGGCAAGAUUACUACUCUCAGCCAUUCUGCGGUAUUUGUGUCGUCGGGGUCUUGAUCGCGCUGUUCGUGUCUUGCACCCGUAGCGCCGUCGCCGACAGUGCCGGUGGCUACGACUGGACCCUUCCCAACGCCUGCGUGGUAGCAGUUUUUGCCGAGGCCGGCAUCGCGGUUUUCAUGGUGCUUUACAUUCUGUUCGCGGGUGCUGGGGAAAUCAGGCGUUCGCCAGGCACUUGCUAUCCCAUACCUCCUGAGGUUGACCAGCGGCUGCGUAGAGGAGAGAGUCUCCAGGACAUGGAAAACGUCCAGGCGAACACAGAACGUGCAGACCACGCAGGCAUGCCAGACGGGACGUAUUGCGUGCGCUGUUUGGUCUGGAGACCAAAUGUAGGUAGGAAGGCCCACCAUUGCCGCACAUGCGGACGGUGCGUCGUGGGCUUCGACCACCACUGCGACGUUUUCGGACGCUGCAUCGUGCAGGGAAAUAUGCUGUGCUUCAACGGCCUGAUCAGCAUGAUGGUAGCUGGAAUCGUCACCACGAUGUUGGCGGUGAUUGCCAGCGCCCCAGGUGUAGAAUGAUUGCCCGUCUCAGGGUCUGUGCACGCGCGCCAGUUCCGUCUCAACAUCUCGGAUGGUGUUGACCCCCACCUCCACAUCACGACUUGGACCUUCCAUGUGCGGUUGACGGUGCUCCGUGCAUUUUCACAUUUCACAGCAGAAUCGAUGAGCCUGUCACCGCGACCACACAGAUUCGGGUCGCAGGCAUUCGCAAGUUUCUGAACGCAUUGCUAGAUACCUGGAGCGUUCCACAGGAGCGGACAGCGUCAGUGUCACUACAUUCAAAAGCGGGGCGCAGUCUCUUUGCGAUAAGAAGCCAAGGCUAAGCGGAUUGAGUUAUCGAAUGCGCUUCUUGCGAGUCACCGCCGCCCCUGCCUUUUUUCGGGCGUUGCCCGAAUUGGCUAUUCGCUAUCUCAAAUGACUGGCUGACUGACGGGUCGCGCCCGAUAGCAUGCCGUAUUUAGUUCGUUUGCUCAUUUUGCAAUUCGCGGUAUCACGUCCUUGCUUGCAUUGGUGGCGCAGCAUGUGUAUACGUAGUAGUAGAGGAACGAAGUGGGGCAUAUACGUAGCCCGCGGUGCAAGCCUAGGUAUCUUGACGUAAACGUCGUAUCAGUCAGUGCACGUGC